AUGAAGAGAAAAACGAAGACAGUCCCUCCGCGGCUCCCAGAGGUCGCUUACGACACGCUUCCAGAGUCAGUAAAGAGGAAGUACUUUUCAUCCUUCGAGCGACUGCAAAUACAGCAGCGGGCCGCCGGUGACCAGACAAGCGAGCCGUCUUCUGGCUCCUCAUCUCGUGCAGCUUCCACAACACCAUUUCGACAUUUGCACUCGAGACGUCGAGCUCGUACUGUGGGAAAUCAGCAGGAGCCCCGUUUCACGCAAGCAGAAGCUGCGUUCUUCCUGUCAUUACCUGUCAAAGUACGGAAACAGCAUUUUUCCCGCGAGGAACAAGUCAUCCUUCUAGCCAAGUGUGAUCAGGCGUUCCUUCCUCCUGAUCACGACCUAGACACGGACGAGGUGGCCAGGCAGCGUUUCCACGAUUUUCACUUUGACUUCUCCACCAACGACCUCGCCAACGCAUUGGAAGGCGUUGAAUCACGAGGGCGUCGUUCUUCAAUUUCUACGUAUAGCCCUCGCCGCCCUUCGUUUGGUUUCUCGCCAAGAUCAAAGAAAGAACGGGACGCAGAAAGCAGUGUAUUCUUCAUCGACACUAUGGACUCACCAUCAACAAAGAAGACACGACAGGCAGGUUUCAGACGAACGAUGUCUUUGGGUGGCCCACCCAGUCGACACUCAACAUGUUCUGGGCCAGCUUCUCCGCUGUUCAUUCUCCCAGCAGAGUAUCGCCCUCAACAUCAGCGUUCACAUUCAUCGGCACUAUCGGGACGACGUUCCUCGUAUACACCACCAACACCAACGUUCGAUCCAGAGGCCAAGUACUACCAGGAUCCAGAAACAAGGACAAAACUACGCAUGUACCUGGCGUCGCCACAGAAAUUCGACGAGGCCAUCGAAUUCGGCUUCCCAUCUGCUCGGGAACAAGAAGCCGCCGUACCUCAUUAUCAACUGCCUCCAGUCACGAAGCACUCGCGUAAAUUCAGCCGGGACAUGCAUACUUUCCUCAGAGAUGGCAGAAUGUCCUUCCUCGAAAACAAAAAUUGCGACAAUCAAGGCCUCGAGUCGGAUGGCGAAUCCACCGCUGAUCUUGAUUUACCGAGAACACCCUCCAGCACAGGUUUAUCUUUCCGUCUUCACACUCGUCAGAUGUCUUCGAUCGACUCCAACGGCCUACCAACUUCACCCCCUAGUUCUGGACACAUGAAUCGUGAGAUGACUCUCCGCAUGACUCUCACUCGGCCAGAACUCCGAGCAGAUGAGGAUGCUCUAUACGGCUGGCAGGGCCCGUCUCACCAACAGCACCAGCAUCAGAAUCAACACCCAAAAUCGACAGUAACAGCGACCAUUCAAGAUGACCCACUCGCCCUGGAAGAGCUCAUUCUGACGGACGAUCAGACCGGUACCAAGGGACCGUUCUACGUCAAGCCGAAGCCAAGAGGCAACCUUGUCACGCGGCUUCUAAAGCGCACAAGCCUCAAGGGACGAUCGCACACAUCCUAG